AUGCCAUGCUUAAUUGCAAGUGAAGUUGUUUGCAUCGCGACCACAGCUGCGAGCUAUGCUCCUCAUACGAGAGGCAAUGGUAAUAUUGAAGAAAGAAGGUUGGUGCAAAUACGCAAAUCGAUACAGAUAGAUGGUAAUUGUGGAGGUGGAGGAGGUGGCGUAACAGGUUUGGGUGGAGGUGGGGGUGGUGUAACAGGUUUAGGUGGAGGUGGUGGUGGAGUAAUGGGUCGGGGUGGAGGAGGGACGGGAGGUAGACUUGCGGGUGGGGGUGGUUUGAGUGGAGGUUGUGAUCGUGGUGGUGAGAUAGGAGGCAAUAAAGGAGGUGGAAGUGGUGGUGGUCUAAUUGGAGGUUGUGAUCGUGGUGGGGAGAGAGGAGGGAAUAGAGGUGAUGAAAUAGGGGGUGGAAGUGGGGGUUGGGGUGGUCUGAUUGGAGGUUGUGGUGAGACGGGAGGUAAUAGAGGUGAUAAGACAGGAGGUGGAAGUGGUGGUUGGGGUGGUCUGAUUGGAGGUUGUGAUCGUGGUGGAAGAAUAGGAGGCAAUAGAGGUGAUAAGACAGGAGGUGGAAGUGGUGGUUGGGGUGGUCUGAUUGGAGGUUGUGAUCGUGGUGGAAGAAUAGGAGGCAAUAGAGGUGAUAAGACAGGAGGUGGAAGUGGUGGUUGGGGUGGUCUGAUUGGAGGUUGUGAUCUAGGUGGGGAGAUAGGGGGCAAUAGAGGUGAUAAAACAGGAGGUGGAAGUGGAGGUUGGGGUGGUCUGAUUGGAGGUUGUGAUCUAGGUGGGGAGAUAGGGGGCAAUAGAGGUGAUAAAACAGGAGGUGGAAGUGGAGGUUGGGGUGGUCUGAUUGGAGGUUGUGAUCUAGGUGGUGAGAUAGGGGGUAAUAGAGGUGAUAAGAUAGGAGGUGGAAGUGGGGGUUGGGGUGGUCUGAUUGGAGGUUGUGAUCUAGGUGGGGAGAUAGGGGGCAAUAGAGGUGAUAAAAGAGGAGGUGGAAGUGGGGGUUGGGGUGGUCUAAUUGGAGGUUGUGAUUUUGGUGAGGAGAUAGGAGGUAAUAGAGGUGAUAAGAUAGGGGUUGAAAGUGGUGGUUGGGGUGGUCUAAUUGGAGGUUGUGAUUCUGGUGAUGGUGAUGGUGAGAUAGGAGGUAAUGAUGGUGGUGAGAUAAGAGGUGGUGAGUUAGGAGAUAACGAUGGUAGUGAGAUGGGAGUUGGUGGGUCAGAAGGUAAGGAUGGUGGUGAGAUAAGAGGUGGUGAUAAAGGUGAUGGUGAUGUAGGAGGUAAUGACGGUGGUGAGAUAGGAGAUAAUGAUGGUGAUGAAAUAGGAGAUGAUGAGAUAGGAGGUAAUGAUGGAUGUGAGAUAGGAGAUGGUGAGUUAGGAGGUAACGAUGGUAGUGAGAUGGGAGUUGGUGAGUUAGGAGGUAAUGACGGUGGUGUGAUAGGAGAUGAUGAAAUAGGAGGUAAUGAUGAUGGUGAAAUAGAAGAUGGUGAGAUAGGAAUUGGUGAAUUAGGAGGUAACGACGGUGGUGAUAUAGGAGUUUGUGAGUUAGGAGGUAAUGAUGGUGAUGAGAUAGAAGGUGGUGAUAAAGGUGACGGAGAUGGUGAGAUAGGAGGUAAUGGUGGUGGUGAGAUUGGAGAUAGUGAGAUGGGAGGUAGUGAUAAAGGUGAUGGUGAGAUAGGAGGUAAUGAUGAUGGUGAAAUAGGAGAUGGUGAGAUAGGAGGUAAUGACGGUGGUGAGUUAGGAGAUAAGGACGGUGGUGAAAUAGGAGAUAGUGAGAUAGGAGGUAACGAUGAUGAUGAGUCAGGAGAGGGUGAAAUCGGAGGUAUUGAUGGUGGUUGGGUAGGAGAUGGUGAGAUAGGAGGUAGUGAGAUAGGUGUCGGUGAGUUUGGAGGUAAUGAUGGUGGUGAAAUAGGAGAUGGUGGGAUAGGAGGUAAUGAUGAUGGUGAGAUAGGAGUUUGUGAGUUAGGAGGUAAUGACGGUUGUGAAAUAGGAGAUGAUGAGAUAGGUGGUAAUGACGGUGGUGAGGUAGGAGAUGAUGAGAUAGGAGGUAAUGACGGUGGUGAGGUAGGAGAUAGUGAGAUAGGAGGUAGUGAGAUAGGAGUCGGUGAGUUUGGAGAUAAUGAUGGUGGUGAAAUAGGCGAUAGCGGGAUAGGAGGUAAUGAUGGUGGUGAGAUAGGAGUUUGUGAGUUAGGAGGUAAUGACGGUUGUGAAAUAGGAGAUGAUGAGACAGGAGGUAAUGACGGUGGUGAGGUAGGAGUUUGUGAGUUAGGAGGUGAUGAUGGUUGUGAGAUAGGAGAUGAUGAGAUAGGAGGUAACGACGGCGGUGAGGUAGGAGUUUGUGAGUUAGGAGGUGAUGAUGGUUGUGAGAUAGGAGAUGAUGAGAUAGGAGGUAACAAGGGUGGUGAGGUAGGAGUUUGUGAGUUAGGAGGUGAUGAUGGUGGUGAGGUAGGAGUUUGUGAGUUAGGAGGUGAUGAUGGUGGUGAGAUAGGAGAUGAUGAGAUAGGAGGUAAUGACGGUGGUGAGGUAGGAGUUUGUAAGUUAGGAGGUGAUGAUGGUUGUGAGAUAGGAGAUGAUGAGAUAGGAGGUAAUGACGGUGGUGAGGUAGGAGUUUGUGAGUUAGGAGGUGAUGAUGGUUGUGAGAUAGGAGAUGAUGAGAUAGGAGGUAACGACGGCGGUGAGGUAGGAGUUUGUGAGUUAGGAGGUGAUGAUGGUUGUGAGAUAGGAGAUGAUGAGAUAGGAGGUAACAAGGGUGGUGAGGUAGGAGUUUGUGAGUUAGGAGGUGAUGAUGGUGGUGAGAUAGGAGAUGAUGAGAUAGGAGGUAAUGACGGUGGUGAGGUAGGAGUUUGUAAGUUAGGAGGUGAUGAUGGUUGUGAGAUAGGAGAUGAUGAGAUAGGAGGUAAUGAGGGUGGUGAGGUAGGAGUUUGUGAGUUAGGAGGUAACGAUGGUUGUGAGAUAGGAGAUAAUGACGGUGGUGAUAAAAUUGGAGGUGGUAAGAAUGGUGAGAUAGAAGGUGACGAUAAUGGUGAUACUAUAGGAGAUAUCACUGGUGAUGGUGGUUUGAAGGGUGGUUUGAAAGGUGGUUUGAAGGGUGGUUUGAAGGGUGGUUUGAAGGGUGGUAGUUUGGAAUGUGGCGGUUUGAAAGGUGGUGGUAGCGGAUGCGGAUUGAUGUUGGAGCUAACCAUGGGAAAGAAAAGGAGAUUUUAUAGGGCAAGGGUUGAGAUAGAUAAGGAGAGAGAAGUGGUGAAGGAAGAAGAGGGGUAUUGUGGUGACAAUGAAGAAGGUAGCCUCUCUUAA